CUGUGUCAAGUUACAAAGUCUUAAGAAUAACGUUACUUAUUUAGCUUUUGACUUUUAUCCUCUUUAUUUCUCCAUGAUUUGAUUGUGCAAAUAUUCUAUUAAGUAUUCGUACAAUCUGAAACAAAAAUGACUUCCCAAAAUGACGUCCUGAGAAAAAAUCUGAAGAUAGUCCGUGGCUGUCCCAUCACCUACGCUUUUGCAAGUGGCUUGGAAAAGAUUGAACAGUUCCAAAGUAGGCGGGAUGACAUAGUGAUAGCCACUUACCCCAAAUCAGGUACCACCUGGAUUAGUGAAAUUCUGGACAUGAUUUUAAAUGAUGGAGAUGUUGAAAAAUGUAAGCGAGAUUUUAUAACUGCUAAAGUUCCAAUGCUGGAAAUGGUUCUCCCUGGAGUAAGAACUUCAGGGAUAGAACAAUUAGAGAAGAAUCCAUCACCCCGGCUUGUGAAGACGCAUCUACCAAUCGAUCUCAUUCCCAAGUCUUUCUGGGAAAACAACUGCAAGAUGAUUUAUUUGGCUCGAAAUGCCAAGGAUGUAGCAGUCUCGUAUUACCAUUUUGACUUAAUGAAUAAUUUGCAACCUCUUCCUGGAAGCUGGGAAGAAUAUCUAGAGAAAUUCAUAACUGGAAAUGUGGCCUUUGGUUCCUGGUUUAAUCAUGUGAAAAGCUGGUGGAAGAAAAAGGAAGAACACCCAAUACUUUUUUUACACUAUGAAGAUAUGAAAGAGAAUCCAAAGCAAGAAAUCAAGAAGAUUGCUCGAUUUCUAGAGAAGAACCUGAGUGAUGAAAUGUUGGAUAAGAUCAUCCAUCAUACCUCGUUUGAAAUGAUGAAGGACAACCCUCUGGUGAAUUAUACACAUCUACCAAGUAUGUUGAUGGAUCCCAGCAAAUCCUCUUUUAUGCGCAAAGGGAUUGCAGGUGACUGGAAGAAUUACUUCACAGUGGCUCAAAAUGAGAAAUUUGAUGCCAUUUAUAAGAAGGAAAUAUCUGAAACUGAACUUCAGUUCCGCAUGGAGAUUUAAAGAGCCUAUACCGAAAAUCUGAAGAAAGAACUGACCUGCAGCUUGCUGAAACAGGGGCAGUGAUGGCUUGACUUGGGCAAUCCAGUGGUUUUAUAAAGAAGAAAAAAUAUGCUUUUAAAACUUUGAUAUUUCAGCAUGGUUAAUCAGGUCCCAGUUUUGCUCCUCAUUCACUCUGAACUUCCAAAUUCCCUAAUGUUAGGACUAAUCUUUACUUUUUUGUAGGUCAUUCCUGCCUUUUCCUAGACUAGUACUGACAAGAGAAAGUUUCCUACUCAAUCUCCGUAUAUUAUGGUUUAGAAUUAAGUUCUAUGCCUUAUAAAUAUGGCUCAAGAAAUGCUGCUUUCACACUGACACUGUAUUUCCCAGUUCUGCUCCAAUUUUCCUUUCCUAAAAACUUGACCCAGGACACUCUAUUCCACUUCUGUCUUCUGGAUUUCAAGUUGUUCCUUGAGUCACUCAUCUUGCAGAGGCUCUAUUUGAAUAAUAUGGUUCAUGUUCCAGAUAAUGUGGUUCAGAUUUCGGAAAUAUUGUUUCUAUACCUAAUUUCUGUGUGUCCAAAUUUCUAACUUCUGAUUAUGUAAUUUUUGAGCAAAGAACUGAAAUCCACUUGAUGUUCAAAAGGAUUUUCUACCCAGUAAAUAGAAUUGUGCUUUGUCUUAAUUCUAAGAAGAAUGCUGAAAUGAUUUAAUGAGACUUAUCAUACAAUUUUUAAUUAUUGCUGCUACAUUUUCACUUAAAGGUAAAUUAUUUAACCUGAUAAAAGAAAAAUUGGGAAAAUAAAUUGAUGUAUAUUGUUUACAGUUCAAGGGACUGGGGAUGUAACAAUAGAGUGAUGGGCAUUAUGCCUCCCCUCUCUGGUUUCAAAUACAACAGUUGUGCUUUUUUUUUUUUUUUAAUCUUUUUGUUUAGAACAGUUUUAGAUUUACAAAAUUAUUGCAAAGAUACUACAGAGAACCUCAUACCUGGAAAUCUCACACCCAGUUUCCUCUAUAAUUAAUAAACAUUAAUAUGGCAUACUUGUCACAAUAAAUAAAGAAAUAUUGCUGGAUUACUACUAACUAAAGUCUAAACAUUAUUUCGAUUGACUUGGUUAUUCUCUAAUGUUAUUUCUUCUGUCAAGACCCUAUCCAGGGCACCACAUUACACUUAAUUAUCAUAUCUUCUUAGAUUCCUUUUAGAUGUGAAAAGUUUCUUACACUUUCCCUGUUUUUGAUGACCUUGACUCUUUCGAAGAGUACUGGCUAGCUGUCUUGUAGAAUGCCUCUCAGUUGGCAUUUAUGUGGUGUUUUUCUCAUGAUUAUACUGAACAAAUAUGUUCUGGUGGAAAAGAUCACACACAGAGUUAAAGUAUCAUUCUCACCACAUCACAUCAAGAAUAUAUACUAACUAUAUGACUUGCCAGUGUUGAUGUUCAUCUGGUUCAAACAGUGUUUAUCAGGUUUCCAUUGCAAAGUUCUGCUCUGUGUUUUAUUCUCCCUUUCCAUAUUGUAUACUUGGGAAGAAAAUCACAUCCUGCAGCUCACAUUUAAGAAGCGUGAAGUAAUGCUUCAUCUCCUGACAUAAGAAGUAUCUAUAGAAUUUAGAAAUAUUCUGCUUGAGAGACUUUUAAAUUCUCUACCACUUAUUUAUGUAUUUAAUCAUUUAUUUAAAUCAGUGAGGACUCAUAGGUAUUUAUUUUAUACUUUUGGUUAUAAAUCAGUUAUACUUUAUUUUCUUCCUCAAAUUUUUCCAAUUUGUCUGUUGGGAGCUCUUUAAGUUGGCUUCUGAAUUCCUUUGGCAUACCAGCUUUAUUGUAGAUUUGUUUGCGUGUUUGUUUUGAGCAUUUUUAUUAUUUUCUGGCAGUGCAGAAUACUCCAGACCCAUCUUACAUAGUCUGUGUCCCAGUUGUAGACUCAGCCAUUUCUCCAAGGGGCUCUGGUUCCCUUUUUGGAGAAUGGUAUUAGAAAAAUCAAGAUCUGAGUGCCAGGCGUGUUCAUUGCUACUGUGUUGGCAUUGCUUCUAAGCCCUCUUGACUGACAGAACAAGGAGUUACAUGUGUGUAUACUAACCUGUGUAUAGACAUAUAUGUAUAAAUAUUUCUAUAGGUAGCUAUCUAUAUCUGUAUUAAGUAAAACAUGAGUUCACACCGAUGUCUCCAACAUUGAUCCAUGUGACAGGGAUCAUAAUUAUUAUUAUAAUUUAUAUUUCACUACUAUUUUUAUUGAUCAUUUAUUAAAUAUCAUACAAUCUUGUAGAAGUAUUAUUACAUCAAUUUUAAGGUGAAGAAACUGAAACUUGGAACUAAAAUUUAAAGCUAAGCCUGCCUUGACUCCAAAAUAUCAUUCUUAAUCACUCUAUGACAUAUUCGAUUACUUCUCAAAAUAUUAUCAUGAAUAUAAUCAGAUAAUGAUGCCCAAGCUGACACUGUGAAGGUUCCAAGCUCUGUCCGGUCUCAGAGCCCUAGUGUUGCUGGGACACUGCCUGCAAACCUGUGACAAUUGCAUUUGUGAAUGUUUUUGUUCUAUAAGCUAUGUUGUAACUGGUACUUAUUUAUUGUUUAAAUAAAGAUGGAAAUAACUUAA